AAAGCAGAGCCCUGGCAGUGAGCGAGCAUCGCCAGGUUUAGGAAAGAGCUGAAAGUAUCCGACUCGGGCAGAGGUGGAUUUUGAAAAUUUGGAGGGAAAACAUUCGAAGAACACACACGUAUGACUCCGUUAUGGUGUUAAAACCGAUGAGUCCGUCUAUGAGAACAAGCGCUGGGGACCUGCUGGAGCAGGAGUGCGGGGUGGUCAUCGAGGGAGUCAACACCCCCUACCUGUACUUCGGCAUGUGGAAGACCGCCUUCGCCUGGCACACGGAGGACAUGGACCUUUACAACAUCAACUUCCUGCACUUCGGGGAGCCCAAGACCUAGUACGCGGUGCCGCCCGAACACGGCCGGCGCCUGGAACGCCUGGCCGGCGCGCUCUUCCCGGGCAGCUCGCGGGGCUGCGAGGCCUUCCUGCGCCACAAGGCGGCGCUCAUCUCGCCCACGGUGCUCCGGGACAACGGCAUCCCCUUCGGUCGGGUCACGCAGGAGGCGGGCGAGUUCAUGGUGACCUUCCCCUACGGCUACCACUCGGGCUUCAACCACGGCUUCAACUGCGCCGAGGCCAUCAAUUUCGCCACCCCGCGCUGGAUCGAUUAUGGCAAAGCGGCCUGGGAAUGGGACUCUGCAUGACCUUUGGGGGAAAUCUGGGUCAGAAUAAGGGCGAUUUCAGCACUUAAAAGCCAGCACCUUUAAGAGGUUAAAAAUCGAGGGGAAAGUCAGAUGGAGACCUGCAAUUACCAGCUGGGAAGGGAGUCCGACGUUAUGCUAGUGACAUUAACAGCAGAACUUUGUAAGGUACUGAAAGCGCCUGAUGGGGAAACAGUGGAAACAGUGGCAGCCUUUAUUUUGGGGGGCUCCAAAAUCACUGCAGAUGGUGAUUGUGCCCAUGAAAUGAAAAGACGCUUACA